CUAAAUUUUUCUCUUCCUCUGGUCUUUUGGUAGAUUUAAGUUUUUAAAAAGUCAGAAAUGUAUCACAGUAGUACUAGAUAUAAAUAUUCUAACCAUACAAGUCCAAUCAUAUUAACAAUUUCAUAAAUGAAGCAAGACCAAAGAGGAGACUUCAAAGUCUUCCACAUAAUGAACCAAAAGGGCUAACAUCAAACAAGUUAUUAAGUUCCUUCGAACUGCAUAUCUGAGUCAUAUUCAAGCUAACAAGUUGCAUGAAAAUGAUGACAACUCUGUACUUCCUAUGGCUUCUCUUGAUUCCCUCGUUUCAAAUCUUAUCAGGAUACCACAUUUUAUUGGUUUCCUCUCAAUGUCUUGAUGAUCAAAAGUCAUUGUUGCUGCAGUUGAAGGGCAGCUUCCAAUAUGAUUCUACUUUGUCAAAUAAAUUGGCAAGAUGGAACCACAACACAAGUGAAUGUUGCAAUUGGAAUGGGGUUACAUGUGACCUCUCUGGUCAUGUGAUUGCCUUGGAACUGGAUGAUGAGAAAAUUUCAAGUGGAAUUGAGAAUGCAAGUGCUCUUUUCAGUCUUCAGUAUCUUGAGAGGCUAAAUUUGGCUGACAACAAGUUCAAUGUUGGCAUACCAGUUGGUAUAGGCAACCUCACCAACUUGACGUACCUGAAUUUAUCCAAUGCCGGUUUUGUUGGCCAAAUUCCUAUGAUGUUAUCAAGGUUAACAAGGCUAGUUACUCUUGAUCUCUCAACUCUUUUCCCUGACUUUGCCCAGCCACUAAAACUAGAGAAUCCCAAUUUGAGUCAUUUCAUUGAGAACUCAACAGAGCUUAGAGAGCUUUACCUUGAUGGGGUUGAUCUCUCAGCUCAGAGGACUGAGUGGUGUCAAUCUUUAUCUUCAUAUUUGCCUAACUUGACUGUCUUGAGCUUGCGUUAUUGUCAAAUUUCAGGCCCUAUUGAUGAAUCACUUUCUAAGCUUCACUUUCUCUCUUUCAUCCGUCUUGACCAGAACAAUCUCUCUACCACAGUUCCUGAAUAUUUUGCCAAUUUCUCGAACUUGACUACAUUGACCCUGGUCUCUUGUAAUCUGCAAGGAACAUUUCCUGAAAGAAUCUUUCAGGUACCAGUUUUAGAGAGUUUGGACUUGUCAAGUAACGAGUUGCUUCGUGGUAGUAUUCCAAUUUUUUUUCGAAAUGGAUCUCUGAGGAGGAUAUCACUAAGCUACACCAACUUUUCCGGUUCAUUACCAAAGUUCAUCUCGAACCAUCAAAAUCUAUCAAGGUUAGAGCUUUCUAAUUGCAAUUUCUAUGGAUCAAUAUCUUCCACAAUGGCAAACCUUACAAAUCUUGUUUAUUUGGACUUCUCCUGGAACAAUUUCACUGGUUCUAUCCCAUAUUUUCAACUGUCCAAGAAACUCACCUACUUAGAUCUUUCAGGUAAUGGUCUAACUGGUCUCUUGUCUAGAGCUCAUUUUGAAGGACUCUCAGAGCUUGUCUACAUAAAUUUAGGGGACAAUUCACUCAACGGGACUCUUCCUGCAUAUAUAUUUGAGCUCCCCUCCUUGCAGAAGCUUUUGCUUCACAGCAAUCAAUUUGUUGGUCAAGUCGAUGAAUUCCGCAAUGCAUCCUCCUCUCUGUUGGAUACAGUUGAUUUGAGAAACAACCACCUGAAUGGAUCGAUUCCCAAGUCCAUGUUUGAAGUUGGGAGGCUUAAGGUCCUCUCACUUUCUUCCAACUUCUUUAGCGGGACAGUUACCGUUGAUCUCAUUAGAAGUCUGAACAACCUUUCAAGUCUGGAGCUUUCUUACAAUAACAUGACUGUUGAUACAAGUAGCAGCAAUUCAACCUCUUUCACAUUUCCUCAGUUGAACAUAUUGAAACUAGCUUCUUGUCGGCUGCAAAAGUUCCCUGAUCUCAAGAAUCAGUCAAGGAUGUUCCAGUUAGACCUUUCAGACAACCAAAUACAGGGGGCAAUACCAAAUUGGAUUUGGGGAAUUGAUGGUGGAGGUUUGACUUACCUGAAUCUUUCCUUCAAUCAACUGGAGUACGUGGAACAACCUUACAAUGUUUCCAGACAUCUUUCCGUCCUUGACUUGCAUUCCAAUAAGCUCAAGGGUGACCUACCAAUUCCACCUUAUUAUGCUAUAUAUUUGGAUUACUCGAGCAAUAAUUUCAGCAAUUCCAUCCCACUAGAUAUUGGAAAGUCUCUUGGUUUUGCCUCCUUUUUCUCGGUAGCAAACAAUGGCAUUACUGGAAUAAUUCCUGAAUCCAUAUGCAAUGUCAGUUACCUUCAAGUUCUUGAUUUCUCUAAUAAUGCCUUGAGUGGCACAAUACCACCAUGUCUACUGGAUAAUGUUUUUGGAGUUGUAAAUCUUGGGAACAAUAAACUCAAUGGUGUUAUACCAGAUUCAUUUUCAAUUGGUUGUUCUCUACAAACAUUAGACCUCAGUGCGAAUAACUUACAAGGCAGGCUGCCAAAAUCGAUUGUGAAUUGUAAGUUGUUGGAGGUCCUGAAUGUUGGAAAUAACAGACUUGUUGAUCAUUUCCCAUGCAUGUUGAGGAAUUCAAACAGUCUGAGGGUCCUAGUCUUACGCUCCAAUCAAUUCAAUGGAAAUCUUAUGUGUGAUGUAACCAGAAAUAGCUGGCAGAAUCUCCAGAUCAUAGAUAUAGCUUCCAACAACUUCACUGGUGUGUUGAAUGCAGAAUUCUUUUCAAAUUGGAGAGGAAUGAUGGUUGCAGAUGAUUACGUGGAGACAGGAUGCAAUCAUAUCCAGUAUAAGUUCUUCCAAGUAAGUAACUGGUACUAUCAGGACACAGUGACAUUAACCAUCAAAGGCAUGGAGCUGGAGCUUGUGAAGAUUCUCAGGGUCUUCACAUCUAUUGAUUUCUCUUCCAAUAGAUUUCAAGGAGCGAUACCAGAUGCUAUCGGGAAUCUCAGCUCACUUUAUGUUCUGAAUCUGUCACACAAUGCCCUUGAGGGACCAAUCCCAAAAUCGAUUGGGAAGCUACAAAUGCUUGAAUCACUAGACCUGUCAACAAACCACCUGUCCGGGGAGAUCCCAUCAGAGCUUGCAAGUCUCACAUUCUUAGCAGCUUUGAACUUAUCGUUCAACAAAUUGUUUGGCAAAAUCCCAUCAACUAAUCAGUUUCAAACAUUCUCAGCAGAUUCCUUUGAAGGAAACAGUGGCCUAUGCGGGCUCCCUCUCAACAACAGUUGUCAAAGCAAUGGCUCAGCCUCAGAGUCCCUGCCUCCACCAACUCCGCUACCAGACUCAGAUGAUGAAUGGAAGUUCAUUUUUGCAGCAGUUGGAUACAUAGUAGGGGCAGCAAAUACUAUUUCAGUUGUGUGGUUUUACAAGCCAGUGAAGAAAUGGUUUGAUAAGCAUAUGGAGAAAUGCUUGCUUUGGUUUUCAAGAAAGUGAUUAUUAAGCCCAUAAAUAAUGAGUUUAUAUGUAUAAUUCUUGGAGUGUUUUGUUUUAAAUAAACAACAGGAUAAGGAAAAUCAAGUCAAUAAACUCGCAGAACAUGAUUGUUAUUUCCUUUGAUGAAUGUAUACAAUUUUCAAUAUUGGUUCUUCAACCAUAACCGCAGGCUAAACUGUCAGUUGUUGGAA